UUUAAGGGUGCAUUGCUCGGAGCAGGUGCUUCCGUGAUGGGUAUUGGUUCGGACAUGGCUGGCUCUAUAAGACUGCCAGCUUUUCUAAAUGGCGUUUUCGGGCACAAAUCCACGCCUGGUAAAUUGAUCUAUAACGUAUUCUUUCAAAUAAUCCUGACCAUCGGUCAAAUAACCAAAUACGCCGAAGAUCUCAGCCUGCUUAUGAAAGUAAUGACACCGAAACGCAAUCACGAUUUACGUCUAGAUGUACCGGUGGAUUUCAGGCAAAUAAAGAUCUAUUAUCGAGAAGAUUUGGACACAAUGUUCGGCGUAUUGCCAAUGCCACCGAAAAUUGUGGAAUGCAUUCAAUGGGCCGCUAAUCACUUUGUUCGAUACGAUAUUCCUGUAAAGAAGGUACGAGUGAUGUUUCAACUUACGAGAUUUAGAGAUGGUAAACAAUACAUGCUUCAAAAUUGUGCAGUUAAUUUUGAUAUCAAUUUCCUGUUGCCACAGGGAAAACCAACCGUCGAAUUGAUGAAAGCUCUAUUCGGUUUAUCGCAAUAUACGAAGCAGAUGCUUACCUUCGCUGUAUCAUUUCAACCGAAUUUUCCGUUCAUGAAGUCAAAGAUAUCGUAUUACUCGAAGCAGACAGACGAGCUUCGACAGAAACUACUGGAUCUGUUGGGGGACGAUGGAGUACUUAUUUACCCAACCUUUCGAAACCCGUUUCUUCCGCAACUUCUGCUAUGCGAAUUAUUAACUUUUUCGAGCUGCAGUUUAUUCAAUAUCUUCGUCUGUCGCGUGACGCACGUCCCGAUGGGAUUGGCUCAUGAAGGGAUGCCAGUAGGCGCUCAGAUUAUAGCCGCAUCAUAUCAAAACCGUCUCUGUUUGGCGGUUGCAAAAGAGCAGAAAAAGACCUUUGGAGGAUGGGUACCACCAUCGAUAGACGAUAAAGUGUCUGAAGGCUUAUGUAAAUAAAUUGAGUCUAGCUGGGGAAUUGUAUCUUUACUGCGAAGGCAAAUGACACACAACUAGAAGUUCUGGUAACACUAAUCUCAUCAGCAAUCUCUCUUACAAUAUUUCCGCACUAAUCCGGAAAUGUGACGUUAUCAAAUGAAAUAGUUUAUGCUUUCUAAUACUAAAAGUUUAAUAAUAUAUAUGUAUAUGUAAACAUUUAUUAAUAUUGUCAUAUAAUUAUUCUUAA